GUCAGUCCUGGACUCGUGGUGAACAAUCACCCACCGCCAGCGCCCAGCGGCAAGUCCACCCCCAAAUCCACCCGAAACCAACCAAAAUCCUCCACCAUGGACCACCCCAAGCUGCCGCCAUCCACGGCGGCGGGGGCGGCGGACACGGCGCCCAACCCGCACGCCUUCACCUGCGAGCUCCCGCACUCGAUCUACGCGCUCGCCUUCUCCCCCGCCGCGCCCGUCCUCGCCGCCGGCAGCUUCCUCGAGGACCUCCACAACCGCGUCUCCAUCCUCACCUUCGACCCCGCCCACCCCUCCGCCGCCUCCUUCCGCGCCGUCCCCGCCCUCUCCUUCGACCACCCCUACCCGCCCACCAAGCUCCAGUUCAACCCGCGCGGCGCCGCCUCCACCCCGCUCCUCGCCUCCUCCUCCGACGCGCUCCGCCUCUGGCACGCCCCGCUCGACGACCUCUCCGCCGCCGCCCCGCCCACCGAGCUCCGCUCCGUCCUCGACAACCGCAAGGCCUCCGCCUCCGAGUUCUCCGCGCCGCUCACCUCCUUCGACUGGAACGAGAUCGAGCCGCGCCGCAUCGGCACCGCCUCCAUCGACACCACCUGCACCGUGUGGGACGUCGAGCGCGGCGUCGUCGAGACGCAGCUCAUCGCGCACGACAAGGCCGUGCACGACAUCGCCUGGGGCGAGGCGGGCGUCUUCGCCUCCGUCUCCGCCGACGGCUCCGUCCGCGUCUUCGACCUCCGCGACAAGGAGCACUCCACCAUCGUCUACGAGAGCCCGCGCCCCGACACGCCGCUCCUCAGGCUCGCAUGGAACCGAUUCGACCUGCGAUACAUGGCCGCCCUGCUCAUGGACAGCAGCGCCGUCGUCGUGCUCGACAUACGCGCGCCCGGGGUGCCCGUCGCCGAGCUGCACCGCCACGCCGGCUGCGUCAACGCGGUCGCGUGGGCGCCGCAGGCCCCCAGGCACCUAUGCUCCGGAGGGGACGACGGGCAGGCGCUCAUCUGGGAGCUGCCCGAGACACCAGCCGCUGUGCCUGCUGAGGGGAUUGAUCCGGUUCUCGUUUAUGACGCUGGCGCCGAGAUUAACCAGCUGCAGUGGGUGGCCGGACACCCUGACUGGAUGGGUAUUGCCAUUGAGAACAAGGUCCAGCUUCUCCGGGUUUGACAACAAGCAGAACAUUUCUGAAGACACUCAAUUCAAUGGGAGCCGUGGGAUUUCAAUCUAUCUGUUCACACGUGUCUAGUUGUGGCAAACUCUUAGCAUAUUUGGUACACCAUUAACAUGGAAGAAGUCAUCCUGCCCGCUCUCUCUGGUGAGUUGUAUUUUGCUACCAACGAAUGAUCAUGUUGUCAGUAUGGACCUGACUACUGUGAGUAGAUUGAUCUCACUGUGAACAUGGAGAUAUAGUCUAUAGCAUCUUUUACUGUUAGCAAAGGGAUUCAGAGGUUGGCUCUAGUCUUGUAGUCACUCAUUGUUAGAGUCUCCCUCUUAUCUUCAUUAUUCUGUUUUUUUUUCUUCGAUUAACACACUUUCCUGUAAUCCUUGUGGUCCGCCGAUCAUACUCUGGUUGUAUAUUGUGAAAACACACUUUUGAGAUUAAUUCCUGUAAUCCAAGUAUCAGUUCAAAUA